AUGGCUCCUUCCGCUCCAGGGACAGCCAGCAACUCGCCGGCCAAGAAGGCCUCGGCACCUGAGAAGAAAUACAAGUGUCAAUUUUGCAAUCGCGCAUUCAGCAGAAGCGAGCACCGCAGCCGUCAUGAACGCUCCCACACAAAAGAGAGACCCUUCAAGUGCUUAAAAUGUCGCAGUACCUUUGUCCGUCGCGAUCUCCUUCUGCGCCAUGACCGAACCGUUCACGCCAAAGAUGGCGGUGUUCCUCUCGUUGCAGAGGGCCGUAGACGUGGUGGAGGGGUUCAGAAAAACUCAUCUGCACCAGCCAAGCCGUCGGUCACCGUUGACCCGACGACCCUGGAACAGAUUGAGGCAAGCAGCGACGGUAUGGUCGACCUUGAAACUGCAGCCAUGUUGAUGACAGACUUCCAACAUAAGGCUGCAGCUGCGGCGACUGGCCAGGCCUCCGAGCGUUCCGAGUCGCUUUCGCCAGGACGCGGUUCCUUCGAGCCCUACCUAUCCGGGAACGCUACCUUGCCCCAGAUGCCCUGGGAUACCUUGGUCUCCGAACCUGGCUCGAUGCCCACUCUUGUCGACCGCCACGGCCCCGUCGGGGACAUUCUCAUGUCCAACUCGCUGCCGAUGUCGGGGCACUCUACCCCAAACGCCUUGUCGCCUUACCCUUCAAUGACUGGUCCCGUCAGUCCCGUAAACUACCGCCGUUCACCUGGCCCCAGCCAGGCACUGACUCUUCCUAAGGCGCCUCAAAUCGCGAACGAGAUGGAACGCAAUUACGUGAUGGACCGUGUGCAGGCAUCUGACAGCCUUGGUGCGCUUCCUGAUACUUUCCAGCUUCCCCCCACUAUUGCGCUGAACCGGUACUUGUCUACUUACUUCAACCUGUACCAUCCUCACCUGCCUUUCCUUCAUCAGGAGUCUUUCAGACCGUCGCAAACCUCAGCACCCUUGUUGCUCGCCGUUCUGUCAAUCGGUGCGCUUUACACUUUCGAGCGCGAGCACGCUUUCAUGCUUCACGUCGGCUCCAAGGUUCUGGUCAACCAAUUCUUGCAACAGAAGGACAACUUUGACUCUCGCCGAUGCCCGCUUUGGUUGAUGCAAGCUACCUUGCUGAACAUGGUCUUUGAGAGUUGGAGUGGUGAUCCCAAGGGUCUCGAAUGGACCUGCUCAAUCAAGAGUUUGCUGGCCAACAUGGUCGCCGGCAACCGGUACCAGAUGAAGGUUCGCGUUCAGGGCCGCCAAAGUUCCCAGCCCUCCCGCGAAGAAUGGAUUGAGGACGAAUCUUGCCGCCGCACAUACUUUGCUGUGUACAUCUUCUUCGGCAUGUUGACUCUCACCUUCAACCACACCCCCGCUAUGAGUUUCGAUGAGUUCGACGACCUGGAGCUCCCCUCGUCCGAGUCUUUGUGGAACCUGGAUGCUGCCGACGAGGAGACUUGGCGCCGCAACAUGGGAUCGAGCGCCCUCACCGUCCGCGAGGCCCACGACUUCUUGUUCCAGGGUGAACAGACCCGCUACAGCGCCUUUGCCACUCGCGUCCUCAUCAACGCCAUGUUCUUGCAGGUUUGGAACCACAAGCGUAGCUUCGAAGCCCUCCAGGACGUUGUCACUGAGUACAAAUUGCGCUUGGCCCUAGAAACUUGGGAGAACUCCCUGGAGGUCUGCGAGCCUGAGACAAUUGUCGUCCCACUCAGCACUCCUCAAAAGGGUCACCCCUUGAUCUUCAACUCGAUGGCAGUCUACCGCAACACCCGUGCCCGCUUGGAAGUUGAUCUCAAAUCCAUCCAAGAGGCCAUGCGGUACCACUCCUCUUAUGAAGUUGCUGCUGCCAUGACUGUCGCUCGUGAGAAGGUCAAGCGCUCGCAGGAAAUGAACAAGGUGAUCCAACAAUGCUUUGAAUGCAUUGAGAUCGCCGCCAUCCAGGGCAUCAACUGGGUCGCGAAGACCUCCGCCACCAACUGGAGUGUCGAGCACCCGCUCUGUGGACUUGAUCUGAUGGUCAUCCUUAGCCUGUGGCUCUACCGUCUGGAACAUGACGAUGAACCCGCCACUGAAGCCGAGUUGGCUCUCUACAACAAGGUCCGCAACCUGUUCGACGAUGAUGCCAUCGACGCUUUUGGCAAGCUCAGCUCCACUGUCGCCCGUGUAUGGGGUAACAUCCUAGACGGCGUGGUUGUUUGGGGAAUUACCAAGCUGAUGGGCGAAUCAUUCAAGCUCCACUCUCAGGCUCUUGUCGGCUACGAGGAUUCUCUCCGUGUCGGCAAGGACCAGCCUAUUCACGCAGUGCCCACCAAAUCGCUUGCUAGCGUUGGCACUGCCUACUAA